GAACAUCAAAAGAAAGUCCACACUCUGCUGUACACAACUGACCAACAAAAUCCCUCUACCGACGAGAUAUCAUCCUAUUUUCCUCCCCUCUACCGAAACCAAAAAUACAUCGCCUACAAACGUACAGAUAAACUCUUCCAAAAUGGGUGCUCAAGACGUUCUCUCCAGGAAGACCGGUGUCAUCGUUGGCGAUGACGUCCUGGCUCUGUUCAAGUACGCCCGCGAGCACGAGUUUGCCAUCCCCGCCAUCAACGUCACCUCCAGCUCGACCGUCGUCGCCUCUCUCGAGGCUGCCCGCGAUGCCAAGUCGCCCAUCAUUCUGCAGACUUCUCAGGGUGGUGCUGCCUUCUUCGCCGGUAAGGGCGUUGCCAACGGUGACCAAGCCGGGUCCGUCGCUGGCUCUGUCGCAGCCGCUCACUACAUCCGCUCCAUUGCGCCCGCAUACGGCAUCCCCGUCAUCCUGCACACCGACCACUGCGCCAAGAAGCUUCUGCCAUGGCUCGACGGUAUGCUCGACGCCGACGAGAAGUACUUCAAGGAGCACGGCGAGCCUCUCUUCUCCUCCCACAUGAUCGAUCUGUCGGAGGAGCCUGUCGACUUCAACAUCGAGACCACCGCUGCCUACCUGAAGCGUGCUGCCCCCAUGAAGCAGUGGCUUGAGAUGGAGAUUGGUAUCACCGGUGGUGAGGAGGAUGGUGUCAACAACGAGGAUGUCGACAACAACUCUCUCUACACCCAGCCCGAGGACAUCCUGGCCAUCGUCAAGAAGCUCGAGCCCAUCAGCCCCUACUUCUCCAUUGCUGCUGGUUUCGGCAACGUCCACGGUGUUUACAAGCCCGGCAAUGUCAAGCUGCACCCUGAGCUGCUCGGCAAGCACCAGGUCUACGUCAAGGAGCAGCUGUCCAAGAAGGAGGACAAGCCCGUGUACUUUGUCUUCCACGGCGGCUCCGGCUCCAGCAAGGACGAGUACCUGCAGGCCAUCAAGCUGGGUGUGGUCAAGGUCAACAUGGACACCGACAUGCAGUUCGCCUACAUGUCCGGCAUGCGCGACUACUUCCUCGGCAAGAAGGACUACCUGCUGACUGCUGUCGGCAACCCCGAUGGUGAGGAUAAGCCCAACAAGAAGUUCUUCGACCCCCGUGUGUGGGUUCGUGAGGGUGAGAAGACCAUGACUGCCCGUGUCACCGUGGCCCUCAAGGACUUCAACACCGCCGGUCAGCUGUAAGAAGUUGUCAGCAGACAGUAUAGAAACUGUUGAAAAGAAUUGGGAAAAGAAUUAUGCAAAGAAUGCAAUUUUCUGGGACCCCUUGAGAGAAUGAAUUCUGCAAAUCUGCCCAGGGACCUGAAGAAAAAAAAACCCCCAAACAUGAAGUGGGGGAGGGGGCCAUCUCCCUGUUCGAACAAUGGACAAUUCUUGGGUGGUCGGUCGGUGUACGUGGUGUUAAGGGGGGGAGCCCUCAUUUCGGGGCGGUCCUAUAUCUAGGAAAUCCGAUCAGGAAACAAAUGGGGCGACGAGCGGUAGUUACUUGUGCCCUUGAUUAAAAUGAGAAAUCAUCUGAUACCUACUUUUG